CGGCAGAGCCUGUGUCGCUCCAUCGUGCUCGAAGCGGAGGGCAGCGUCGCACAGCCCCCGGUGCGCAUCGUCGUCGACGCAUGGGGGUGAGUUCAUAGCUGUAGCAAGACGCCGCUUUGUUCGCGCAUGGCGCGAGGUGGGCGUCAAGCUGGUGUUCGUGUUCGACGGAGCGCCGCCGCUCGAAAAACAUGACAAGCUUAUUAGCCGCAUGCAGGCGAGCAUCGACAAGGCCAGACUAUUCUAUACGACGCGGCCCGAGAGCCGCUCUUCUCCGGGCGGACAGAGGGGGGACAAGGCGAUCCUGCCGCCGUUCGCGAGCCUGGCAUUUGCGGCGGCGCUCGCAUCACUCGAUGUCGAGACGGUCUUCGUGCCCCGCGGCGAGGCGGAUGGGCAAUGCGUUGUGAUUGCCGCCGAGAUGGGCGGGUAUGUCCUGGGGCUCGACUCAGACUUUGUGAUCCUCGGCAGCGCAGCCGACAUGAAGGGCUACAUCCCCUUCGACAUGGUGGAGUGGAUUGAGCCGACGACGACACACGAAGCGGUGGGCGACGGCUUCACCACGACGUCAGCCAAGAAGGUGCGCGUGCGCUCCGUCUCCCGCCUUCUCCCACGCUCCAGCGGUGCGACCCUCAUACUCCCCAUCUACACGAGCGAGGCGCUGGCCCGCCGCCUGCGCCUGCCCCUCAACAUGCUCCCUCUCCUCGCCGCUCUCUUGGGCAACGACUACACCUCCUCCUCAGAUACGAACUACACGCUCGACCGGGUCGACCGGGUCGCGCGCACGCUGCGCGAGACCGUCGCGCGGCCGGGCAGCCACAACGCUGACACGGCUUACGAGCUCGUGUCGCGUGUUGUGCGCAAGCUUCACGCACAAGCGUAUGUCGACGAACGCAAGCUCGCCGAGAAGGUCGACGGCGCCAUCGACGCGACGAUCCAGUACGUCCUCCCCUCGCCGCAGUGCUGUUCGCUGUAUCCUUUCUGCUCCCGGCUUAGCGAAGGGUGUACAACGCGCGCGUGGCGCUUGCCUACCGCCCUUAGGUCCGAGGCGUCGGCGAGCGUCGUCGAGGCGUACGCUGCUGCCCGAGCCACAGGGCACUUGGAUAUCAUGACGCGCGCAUGGCUCCAUCCCGGACGUGUGUAUCUGCGAGACGCGCUCGAAAAUCCCGCGGGACCCUCGGCGCGGGCGGGCAGGAUAUCGAUCAAUGCGCGGCGGGCGACGUACGCCAUCGUGGAUGCUGCGCUAGGCAUGCGCUGGCCUGCGAAGGGUGCGCAGAAUGACGAGGCGCUUGAGAGGACCGAAACGGCGCAGCUGAUGGCCGGGCUGUCGUUACAGCCGUCAGCGGACGACGCUGACACGGUCGAGAACGGGGAGAAGUCGCAAGACGAGGCCGAGACCGUCGGGAACGGUGAGAAGCCGCAGAGCGAGGCAGGGACUGUCGAGGACAAAAGCGCGCUGGACGAUGCCGAGGAUGGAACACAGGAGGCCGCCGUGCGCCGCGUUGUGACCGAGUACCUGAGGCAGGGGAGCAGUGCGCGCGUCGGCUCGCAGCAGAUCGAGCUCCCCGCUCCUGGAGACAGCACUUCACUUCUGGCGCCGCUCGACGAGCGCCUCGCGGCCUUCCGAGACGCGCUGGACGCGCCGGCCUCUGUCUCCUCCCUGCCCGUCGACGCGCAGCCGCUCGCGUGCGCGCUGCGCAUGUGUAUCCUCUCCGCGGCCGAAACAGACCCCGGCGGACACCAGGGGCGCCGCUGGCGCCGCAGCGAAGUGGAGGCGGUGGUGCGCGCCGCACUCGGAUGCAUGAAGGGGUGGGACGACGACCUCGACGAUGACGUGGACGCCGAAGAGCUCUAUCCGCUCCUGGAGACGCGCAAUGCCGAGCUCGUCGCGCAGCUCUCGGCGGCACUGCUGGACACACUGACGCUCGCGCAGGCGCUGCUUCUCACCGACGGCGCGCACAUCACGCCGUACGUCUACGUGUCCGGCACCGCGCUGCACUCGCUCUUGAGUGGUGCGGAGCCGCCGGCCGCUUGCGGGUGGCGCCGGUCGCGCGCGUGGGAGCAAGAGCUUGAGGACAUUGUCGCGGCAGUGCUCGAUGGCGCGGAGGAGGCGCUGGGCGUCGCGCACGCGCCGAAGAAGAAGAAGAAGAAGCAGCGCGCCGAGGCGCCCGCGCCGGCCAAGGGCGGCAGGUUCGAUAUGCUGCUUGAUGAGAUGAUCUGAUGCAUUAGGCAUUGC